AAUGUGGUAUGUAUGUACGUAUGUUAUACAAUGAUACACCCAUGUAGAAUUGAAUCAAAGAUUGCCAUUUAAUAACACGUGACUACGCGUGUGAACACUGUGAAUCGAGAAGGCAUAUGUUUCAGAAUUGCAAUAUGUCAAUUCAUUCUGUCUCAUUUAAAUUUAAUCAGACGUCCUGCUUAUAUCUGGUAGCUAUUAACUUAGACAGCAGGAAUUGAUGUUGGUAAACUCAUACAACUACAACACAGCGACGCAGAGUUCAAACAUUUUUAAUUCCGUAGCCAGUAGUAGUCGUAGUGGUGGCCGUGGCCAGUAGCAAUAGCGAGUAGCGAUGAAUUUAGUGUGGAUGUGAUAUUCUUAACUCAAGUGACAUGCGCAGAUUUUUAAAAUUAAUUAUCAAAUGCGAAAUGCUUCUCCCCGAUACACUUUGUUUCUGACUUGCACCUCUUACUUGUAAUCCAACCAAAGUUUUUGGUUAAACAAUGUUUUAACAAUUUAGAUACGAAUUUUUAAAAAAGAUUUGGAAUAUACAUCAGAAAAUUCGAAGAAGUUUAUAUUUAUACAAGAGAAUUUUGAAUUCUACCAAGUGAUAUUAUUUUACUAUAAUUGUUUGUACACGUUCUAUAAAAUUUUUAAUGGAUUGGUAUAGGAAAGUACUUCGCAAAAGAAGGAGCGCUAUUCCAGUAGAUGAUGACCUGGAAACAGUUGCUGAAAGAAAGAAACGAUGGAGAAGCAUUUAUGCCAUUUAUUUUACAAUGUUCCUGAUGUCCCUUGGCUUCAGUAUCAUACUUACAGGAGUAUGGCCAUAUUUAGAUAAGUUGGAUAGUACAGCUGGAAAAGAGUUUAUGGGGUGGGUAAUUGCAGCAAAUCCUUUGGGACAGAUGUUAUUUUCUCCUUUGGUAGGAUGGUGGGGAGACAAGAGAGGAUCUAUAAGACUUCCACUAUUAUCAACGUUGGCUCUCUUCACUUUUGCAUCAGGAAUGUACAGUAUUCUCGAGGUCGUACCAGGGGAUAAAAAAAUGUACAUGGUAGCUGCUAGAUUCUUGGUUGGAGUUAGUUCCGCUAAUAUUGCUGUAGCACGAUCUUAUCUCUCGGCAGCUACGAAAUUCGUAGAAAGAACGCAUGCUGUUUCGAUGGUAUCUCUUGCCCAGGUGUUAGGAUUCGUAGUAGGCCCAGGUUUGCAGGCGGCAGUUACACCUCUCGGGGAGGAUGGGGUAUACUUUUUAAAUUUACCUGUGAAUAUGUAUACUAUGCCUGGUUGGAUAAAUGUGAUAAUGGGAAUUGUCAAUUUUAUCUUAUUCCUACCGUGGAAUUUCACAGAACAUAGAAUAGCUAUUCGCGAAGCGAUGCGAGACGAAGGAAAACAAACAGAGGAAGAAACGUGGAAGGCAAUAAUGCCAGAUCAUUUAGGAGCUUGGACAUUGAUAGGUGCCUUUUUCGUCUUAGUAUUUAACUUCGUUCUUAUUGAAACACUUGGAACGUCUUUAACCAUGGAUCAAUUUGAGUGGUCGAAAUCUGAGGCCUUGUAUUAUGUGGGCGUUCUAUUGAGCAUUGGUGCUGUAAUAUCCUGUAUUACGUUCGUCAUGAUUGAACCUUUAUGCAAAAGAUUCAAUGAGCGUAAAGUAUUGUUUUGGGGAGGCUUGAUGUUCAUGGUGAUAGGAAGAAUAUUGUGUAUUCCAUGGGGACCUGACCCUCCGAAAAUUGCUUACUUAGGACCAUUUAACAAUGUUACCAAAUAUCCCAACGGCACAGAAAUCUUAGGAUGCCCAAGUACUCAAGAAUGGUGUACCUACACACCUCGAGUCACGGUCACGCAGUUUCUCAUCGGAUAUCUAUUUACUACUACAGGAUAUCCGGUCGGUGUUACUUUGAUACAAACUAUCUUUAGCAAAGUAUUAGGGCCUCGGCCACAGGGUGUUUGGAUGGGUCUGAUGACAGGUGCUGGAUGCGCGUCUCGCAUUUUUGGCCCGGUAUUCGUUACCAUAAUUUAUACUCGGUAUGGGACCUAUCAUACCUUCGGUAUCACUGGGUUAACGCUAAUAGUAUGUAUGUUAUGGUUGCAAAUUGUUGACAAAAGAUUAAUUCCUCCGCAAGCAACAGUCUCAAAGUUGAAACAUAAAGAACCAGAUGCAGAUAUUCCGUUGGUUCAAUCUACAUCUAACGAUGAUCAAAGGCCGAAUGGUGCACGCGAAAGCAACAGAACUAGAGAAAGUGAUAAAGUAUAGCGAACGCAUCACGUUCGUUAUCGGAAAUUUUAUAUCUUAUAAACUUAAGAGCGUACAUCACGAUAACUGUAUGCGACUGCCAUUAAGAAUUUUGAUAACUACUAACUACGAUAUAUAAAAUGCAGGUAUAUUUUUGAUGGAUAUUUAGUACAGAUUGAUAUUACAUAUUUUGCAUACGAAUAUACGUACGUUACAUAUUUUACGUAGAAAAGACAAUUAGUUUUAAAGAUACUUUAUAUUUUGUGCGAGAAGUUGUAGGAGACUAUCGGGGAACAGAAAUUAAUAGACUAACCAUUAUGGUACAAAUGAAUCGUAAAACGGAUAUAAUUAGAUUUUGAUAAUUGACGAUAUGCUAUGCUGAACGAAAAUUGCUAUUUUUAGAUUUUUUAGAAUGUACUAUGUUUUAGCUAGGAUCAUUCGCCAAAGAAAGGAAUUUUAUAAAUAUAGCUUUUAAAAUUGAAUUUCAAUAUCUGUGUUACACAUCAUAAUGGUAAAGACUGAUACUUCGCUCAAUUUGUAUUAAAAUAAGAAUAUGACAUCAGAAGCGACAAAUAUUCUUCAUUAAACAAUAUCUGAAUUACUAGAUACUUAUUACGAAUAAUCGAGGGUGAUUUUGCAUUAAAGCAAAAUCUAAGAGUAUUAUUAAUGAAGAAAAGCGGAUGACAGAAUUUAAGAGUUGUAAGUUGUUUUUGUAUUACGAAACGUUUUGUAUUACUAAACGUGCAAAUAUAUAUACUUGCAGAAA